AUGGGCUUCAUCCAGCAGGCUCGCGACAUUGGUUGGCUGAUGCGCAUUCAAUAUGGUUUACUUUUCCGGGCAGGGUUUCUGGCGCGUCAAGGACCCAAAAAGGGAGACCAUUCCCACUGCGUGCUGGCUGGUACCAUUCCACCUCCUUUUGUCCGGACCUACAUCACAAAUGAUCAUUGCAUUUCACUCUUACUACCUUCUCUCCAACUUCAUAGACAUGGAGCCGGGCUCAGAAAACCACUGGGACUGGACAUGAACUCGUUAGUUUGGGUCAACAAGUGUGACGUUGCACCGGAGCAGCAAUUUACUGACGAAUUUGUACACCUCAAAGGUAGCCAGAUUGUGGUCGAUGCGCAGCAGACGCUUCUCGUUCUCGGCGCACAGGAGAUUCAGAGGCAGGAGAAUGGCAUCGAUGCCAUGCUGGAAACGAGAUGGUACAUUUCAAUGAAGACUAGAACGGAGAAAGAGAAGGGGAAAUUGUCUUUGCGUCUCGCAAACUAUGCCCCGGUAACCGUGGGUCACAUACAUUACAGCAUGAAAACACUUUUGCAGUGGCUGGUGGAAGGUCCAUACCGUAUGCCCCUCGAGUGUGAAAUACUCACAGCAGAGAAUUCAUCCAGCACUAUAAAGUUGAGUAAAUAA